UUUUUUUCUCUCCACUUUUUUAAUUUCCCUUUUUAUCAUGAAUUUACCAUCCUUCAUCCGUCAACCAGCCAUUGCUCUUAUUGGUGAUACUUGUUAUAUAUCACUGAUAGAACAAUUAGACUAUACUGAUGUGACCUGUAUCAAGUAUUCUAUUUCUAAAGGUCUUGGGUUAGGUAUUGUAGUAGGAGGGUCCAUUGUCAAGAUUCCACAAAUCCUAACAAUUGUGUCUCAUGGUUCAGCACAAGGAGUAUCUCUGUUAUCGUAUUUAUUGGAAAUAUCAGCGUCUACUACCACACUAGCCUACAAUAUUCGUCAAGCCAAUCCCUUCAGCACAUUUGGAGAAGUUCUCUUUGUCACUCUUCAAAAUCUCAUCAUUGUCGGUCUGAUCCUGUUUUACAGCAAACAAAGUUUAUAUAUAUUACCACUCUAUGCAUUGGUUUUUGCUCUAUUUUAUGGAUUACAGCAGCCUAACUUGGUCCCUAGUACUUUGAUGGCUUCUCUGUACGCUGCCACUAUCCCCCUCACACUUGCAAGCAAAGUGCCUCAGAUUUGGUCCAACUUUAAGAACAAGUCUACUGGUCAACUCUCUGUAUUUGCUGUGGUCAAUUACUUCUUGGGAACAAGCGCGCGUGUGUUUACCACUUGGACUGAACUUGAUGAUCCAUUGAUGUUGCUUGGUAUGUUAUUGGCUACUGGAUUGAACUUUAUCUUGGUCUUACAAGUACUUUUGUAUUGGGGUAAAUCUCCUGCUUCAACAUCUUCAAAGAAAAACAUUUAGUUAGCCUACACAAAUUUACAUUUAUAUAAUAAAAAUAAAAAAAUAAAAUAAAAUUCGUUGUUA